ACUGAUUUUUGCACAUCCGCACAUAUGGAGUAUUAUCCAGUCAUGGUGCUUUGGAGCUGCUUUCUGCUUCCAGGGAGCCAAGAUUGCUUCAGUAUUGACACGAAGAAGGCCCAGAUCAUCCAAGGCCCAAAGGAAGUACAGUUUGGCUACACAGUGCAGCAACAUGAGGCACUUGGUCAGAAAUGGCUACUUGUUGGUGCUCCAUUUGAAAAGACUGGGGAAAAUGAAACUGGUGAUGUUUACCGGUGUCCACUGGAUAGCAACACUUCCAAAAACUGUUCACGCCUCAACUUAGGAGCAUCACCUCUAAAAAAUGUACUGGAGCGCAGGGACAAAAUGCGACUGGGCAUGUCCCUUACCUCUAAUCCGAAGGAUGACAGUUUUGUGACUUGUGGUCCAUUAUGGUCAUAUGAAUGUGGCAGUUCCAUGUAUAGCACAGGAAUCUGCUCCAGAGUUAACAGCACUUUUAACUUCACACACAGCAUUGCUCCAGCUUAUCAAAGAUGUGAGACAUAUAUGGAUAUUGUCAUUGUAUUGGAUGGGUCCAACUCUAUAUACCCCUGGUUUGAGGUGCAACACUUCCUGAUAAAUGUCCUUCAGAAGUUCUCUAUUGGGCCAGGACAGAUUCAGGUUGGAGUGGUGCAGUAUGGAGAGAGUGUGGUUCAGGAGUUCUACCUAGAUGACUACCACACAGUUAAUGAAGUGGUGGAAGCUGCACAGAGUAUUAUUCAGCGUGGUGGAGAGGAGACUCGCACCGCACUUGGGAUUAAUUUUGCACGCUCAAAGGCAUUUAAGCGUGGAGGACGUCCAGAUGCCAAGAAGGUAAUGAUUGUGAUUACUGAUGGAGAGUCACAUGACAGUCCAGACCUAAAAAGAGCUGUGGAAGAGAGUGAGAGGGACAACAUCACCCUUUAUGGAAUUGCUGUGCUUGGCUACUACAACCGGCGUGGAAUUAAUCCUGAAGCUUUUUUAAAAGAGAUUAAAUUCAUCGCCACUGACCCUGAGGAACAUUUCUUCAGUGUGACAGAUGAAUCUGCUCUGAAGGACAUUGUGGAUGCCCUGGGAGAGAAAAUCUUCAGCUUAGAAGGUACCAGUCAAAAUGGGACCGCCUUUGGACUUCAAAUGUCUCAGGCAGGUUUCUCAUCACAUAUUGUGGAGGAUGGUGUUUUGGUGGGUGCUGUGGGAGCUUAUGAGUGGAAUGGAGCUGUUCUUAAGGAGACACUGAAUGGCAAAGUGAUCCCCCCCAGGUCUUCGUACCUUAAAGAGUUUCCUGAGGAGCUGAAAAACCAUGGAGCCUAUCUGGGUUAUGUGGUGUCCUCUGUAGUGUCUACUUACUAUGGCCAGCUGUAUGUGGCUGGAGCUCCUCGGUUUAACCACACAGGCAAAGUGAUCCUCUUCACCCUUACCAAUUCGGGCAACCUUACCAUACUGCACUCUCUAAUAGGACAGCAGAUUGGAUCAUAUUAUGGCAGUGAGGUAACUUCACUAGACCAGGACAUGGACGGAGUGACUGAUCUGCUGCUUGUGGCUGCUCCUAUGUACUUCAGCAAAGGCUGGGAAGCUGGCAGAACCUACAUCUACAGAAUGGACCAACAGGGUAAUAUUAACCUGGAGGGGCUUCUUGAGCCAUCACCUAAGGCACAGAACUCCCGUUUUGGAUCAGCCAUGUCCUCUCUGCCGGAUCUAAACGGUGAUGGUAGCAGAGAGCUGGUGGUGGGUGCACCUCUAGAGGAUGAACACAGAGGUGCAAUUUACCUUUAUUACAGCCAGCAGAAUGCUAUCCACCUAAAGUAUAAGCAGAGAAUAUCAGCUAUGGACAUCUCGUCAGACCUACAGUAUUUUGGCCGGAGCGUCCAUGGUGUGAUGGACUUAAAUGGAGAUGGACUAACUGAUUUGUCUGUAGGUGCACUCAAUGCUGCAGUCUUGCUCUGGUCUCGCAGUGUUGUUCGUGUGCACAUCACUGUUCAGUUUGAGCCAUCAAAAGUAAACGUGUUUAACAAAGAUUGUGUGCGAGGAGGAAAGAAAGUGACAUGCAUGGCGGCCAUUGUCUGUCUCAAAGUUAAGGCUCAAACUACAAUUCUAAGCACACAAAGAGUGGCUCUUAAAUUACACUGGGUUUUUGAUGAGAGGCGUCACAGUCCCAGAGCGGUGCUGGACACCAGUGAUAGACAAUCCACUGCAGACAUUGCUGUCCUACCUGAAACUCUGCACUGCAAACAUGUCAACUUUCAUGUGCAUGAAACCGCAGACUACACUCAACCAGUAGUCUUUAAGGUGAAUGUAGAAAUGCAGAACCCUGAUGAAGGACCUGUGCUGGAUGAUAAUUGGCCCACCUCACUGCGUUUAGAGCUGCCCUUCUGGAAUGGCUGUGAAGAAGAUGAUCGAUGUGUGCCCAGCUUGAUACUACAGAGUAAUACUGAUCUUUUAGACCAUAGUCAGUUCUGUGCCUUGCAAGAACAUGCUGCAUGGUCACUGUGUGUCCAGAAGGGAGUAAGUGUGAGUGCUGAACGUGUAGUGAAGGCCACCAGAAGACAGGUGCUGGUGGAGGUUCAGCUGGAAAACAGAGGAGAGAAUGCUUACAACACACAGCUCUACAUCACUCACUCUGCUAACCUGAACUUGUCCAGCCUGGCAGUAAAGACUCCUCCUGAUAUGAAAAUUAAAUGUGAGGCAGAAGACAGACUGAUUCCACAAACUAACUGCAGUGUCAGUGCUCCACUGAUGAGGUCACUAGCUCAUGUGACCAUCAGGUUGGAAUUCGAGUUCAGCAGGUCAAUCUUUCUGGACUACAUACAAAUUUUACUACAGGUCUCCAGUGAUGGUGAAGAAAUGACACCAGAAGACAACAUCAAUGAGAUAUAUCACCCUCUGAAAUAUGAGGCUGAUCUUCUUUUUACAAGAGAUUCAAACACACCUCGCUUUGAAAUCAAAUCGGAGCCUACACAUGUCUAUUCAGAACCUACUGGACCAGCCUUUAAUCUGUCUUAUCAAAUCCAGAAUCUUGGCCUGUUUCCUGUAACUCACCUGCUUUUCACUCUAGAUGUUUUUGCCAUAACCAGAAACAUGAAUCAGCUGCUCUACAUGCCAUAUAUUAAUGUUGAUCAGACUGCUGGGUCCCAGUGCAUUGCUCCCCACAUCCCAGUGGCAGGUGUGUCUUUGGAAGAAGACCUUUCUCUCACUUCACAGCUAAAUUCUUCGACUGCUGUAGCUUUGUCUGCACAGUGUAAGCUCAUGCUUCUACCCCAGCAAAAGAUCAGAGUAACUGUGGAAGGAUGGCUAAAUCUACAUGCACUACAAACAAUUAACUUUAAGGCACUAGAGCUGGUGACGACGGCAGCCAUCGAGUUGAGCCCAAAUAUCUCUAUGUUUCUCCAUGAGGAAAGACCAACAAGAAAUAUAGUUCUGGAGAUUAGGAAGGAGGAAGAUUACAUAAUUCCCAUCUGGAUCAUAAUUGGAAGCACUUUGGGAGGCCUUCAGCUUCUGGCUCUUCUAAUACUAGCACUCUGGAAGCUGGGAUUCUUUCAUAGAGAGAGACAACGACGCAAAGAGGAACAGGACAACAAUGUGAAGACCACUAUGGAGUAA